AUGGACAUUCGUUGCGUUGUGGCACUGCUCCUGGGUCUUUGUAAAGUGCAAGCGGUUGUGUGGCCCCACCAACAUCUUUUGGAGGAGCAACUGGCUAGCCAGAUUUCCGCUACUCUGCAAAAGAUUUUCAUCAAUGGGCUUGCGGUUUAUAAUUUUGGUGUUUUUAUCAGCACCUCCUACGAGGAAAUGGACAGGGAUCGGGUGAUUCUGGUGCAUCAAGUCCUAAAUCGAAAUCUAUAUCCACCGAAUUUCCCAGUGGCCGUUGUCCUGGCCUCCAAGAUGAACCGAAAGAUAACCGCCCAAGUCUUCACGCAGUUGCUUUUCGUCCAGAAUGCUGAACAGGCCAUUGCCAUUGCCGAAGGAGUGAACAGAAACGGGCUCUGCGUUAUCGUAUUGCUGACAUCCCAGCCGGAACGACCCAUAAUGACGAAGAUAUUCACGUAUUUUAUGCAGGAACGUUACAACAUCAACGUGGUGAUCCUGGUGCCCCGCUUGCACGGAGUCCAAGCCUUCAAUGUCCGGCCAUACACACCCACGAGCUGUUCGAGCUUGGAGCCCGUGGAAAUUGACAUAAAGGAUGGCGAUUUAUGGGACGUCUUUCCGAGACGAUUAAAGAACCUACAUGGGUGUCCAUUGAGCGUUAUCGUUUGGGAUAUACCGCCCUAUAUGAGAAUUAAUUGGAAAAGUAGUGAUCCGAUGGACGGACUGGACGGAUUGGAUGGGCUGCUUUUGCGGAUCGUGGCGCGCAAAAUGAACUUUACGCUUAAAUUGAUUCCCAAUGAACCGAAUGGACUAAUAGGUGGUUCCAGUUUUAUGAAUGGCACCUUUACGGGAGCCUACAAAAUGCUUCGCGAGAGAAGGGCCAAUAUAACCAUAGGAUGUGCUGCCUGUACACCAGAAAGAUCCACCUUUUUAGAGGCCACGAGUCCGUACAGCCAAAUGUCCUACAUAAUCGUGUUGCAGGCCAGAGGCGGUUAUAGUAUCUAUGAGGUUAUGCUGUUCCCUUUCGAAAAAUACACCUGGCUGCUGCUUAGUACGAUAUUGGGUCUUCAUUGGAUUGUGGGCAGUCGAUGGCGAAUGCCAUCCCCCAUUUUGGCCGGUUGGAUGCUCUGGAUCUUUGUCAUUCGGGCCAGUUACGAGGCAUCCGUAUUCAACUUCAUACAGAACUCACCGGUGAAGCCAUCUCCUCGCACUUUGGAUCAAGCUUUGAGUGGUGGCUUCCGUUUUAUCACCGAUCAUGCCUCCUAUCGGAUGACCCUGAAGAUACCGUCUUUUCAGGGCAAGACUUUAAUAUCCGCGGGACAGCCGGUGGAUGUAUUUGAUGCUCUCUUGAAGGCUCCCUGGAAGACAGGCGCCUUUACCAGUCGCGCCUUUUUAGCCGAUCACUUGGUUAGGCAUCGGAAACAUCGCAAUCAGCUGGUGAUUUUGGCUGAAAAGAUCGUCGACAAUAUGCUUUGCAUGUACUUUCCACAUGGCUCCUAUUUCGCCUGGGAGAUCAAUAAAUUGCUUUUCAACAUGCGUAGCUUUGGCAUUUUCCAGCACCAUUCGCAGAUCCUCGCCUGGGACAAUCUGCCCACCACCACGGAUACGGAUACGCCGGGUAAAAGAAUUCAUUCCUCUACGGAGAGUGUAGCCACUGGAUUUGCUGAGUCCAUGAGCUUCGUUGUGGCAGCACUUAAUUGCUUGAUGGGAGCACUCUGUAUUUCCAUUGUGGUCUUUGGUCUGGAGUUGCUGAGUCGAAGACGCCACUGGACGGGAUUAGAAUGGCUAUUUGAAAGAGUUUGA